AUGGGUAAUAUUCUUGGAAGAUCAGUUAAAGUAGAUGAAAUUACUAUAAACAGAGUUGUGGGUUACUAUGCUUGUGUACUUGUUGAAAUUGAUAUUUCUAAAUCAAUUCCUAGUACUAUUUGGGUAAAUUCUAAAUAUGGGAAAUUUGAACAAUCUAUUCAAAUUCCUAAUAAACCCAAAUAUUGUAGUCAUUGCAAGGCUCUAGGCCAUUUUCUUUUUGAGUGUAGAUCUAAAAGAAAGGAAAAUGCUCAAGCUCCUUCUGCUGAUGGGUUUGUAUCCAAACCAAAAAAACAAUGGAAGCCAAGAAAGAUACAAACACAGCAAAAGGGUUUUGAUAUAUGUGGUAAUGAUUCACUUCCUGAACUUCAUUGUGCCAAAAUUUUAGUCAACAAUGUUUCUGCAAGCUCACAACAAAAUAUCUCUUCUGGAAGAUUCCACGUACUGCAAAACAAUACUGUUGAAUACAAUGGUGAAUUUCCUCCUCUGCGUGGUAUGGAGUCUCGAAAAUUUAUUGGUGAAUCUAGUGGAAUAAUUAAAGAGAUUCAAUGUUCUGACUGCUCUCCUCAAGCAACAGUUACUGCAUCUCAAAUUAAUCAUCCUAUUAUCAAUGAAGAUUCUAGUGACUCAAGUUCUGAAGAUGGUGAAAUUAAAGAGGUUAGUUCUUCAGAUUUAUUUCUUAGCAGUACACUUGCUUCUCUUGUCAUUAUUUUAAGGAAUGACAUUGUUAGCCCUAAAAUGAUUACAAAGAAGAUCAUUACUGAAAAGAAAAAACCUCCUGCAAAGCCUAUUAAACCUGCUCCUAUUACUAGAAAAGCUAGUAAAGAAAGUCAAAAAGUUUUGUCUGCUAAGGGGAUUUCUCCCCAAAAACUUUCUCAAUGA